CUCUGCACGCACAUCAGCUUUCAACUCCUAAAAAAUGAUUUGCAUUCAGAAGGCGAAAGGAACUUUCCAGCGUGCACACUAAAUGAAACAGUGCGAGUGAGAACGCGUGCAAGAGAAGACGACUCUGGACGAAAGAGAGGAAGACAAUCAGGUACGACAACAACAAAAAGUUUGAGCGAAGACGCCGUUUCAUGAUUGAAAAUGAAACUGGAGGAGGAGUGGUGAACUCUUGAUGGGGGGUGGUUCUUAUCUGAAGUUUACCACCGUGGGCUAAGGAUCAACUGAAGGUCUGGACCAAAGAGUAAUCAAACCUGCAUUCAGAUCAGAUGGAGGUGGAUGUAGCAGACAAGCGCCAUCGCACACGCUCGAAAGUGCCCUUGGAACCAGCAAUACAAGAGCUGUUCAGCUGCCCAGCACCGCAUUGUGAUGGGAUUGGGCACGUUAGUGGAAAAUAUGCAAGACAUCAGAGUGUGUACGGCUGCCCUGUGGCCAAGAAGAGGAGAACACAGGACAGACUGCCCCUAGAGCCCAUGGCCAAGAGGAAGGCCUUUCACACACACACAGAGCAGCAGCCCAUGGACGACUGCUACCACACAGAGAUAGUGGAGGAGAAAGACGAGGAAGAGGAAGAAGAGGAAGAAGCAGGCGAAGAGGAUGUGGAGGAAGAGGAAGAGGAGGAAGACGACGGAGAAGCCGAAGUAGAGGAGGACGUGGAGGAAGAGUACACGGAUAAUGAGGAACAAGUGGAGCAGGAUGAAGGCGAGGUAGAGAACGGAGAGGAGGAGGAAAUGGAGCAGGAAGAAGAGGAUGUGGUUGAAGAUGAGGAACAUGAGGAAGGAGAGGGGGAGGAUGAGGAAGAGGAAGAUGACGAGGAACAGGAAGAAGAGUUGGAGGAGGAAGAGCAGCAGCACAAUCAGGAUCAAGCUGGCAAUCAGGUAAAUGGGAUCUACAUCAAACCCAACCCAAUGGUAGAGAAGGACGACAACAACAACGAUGAGUACGACAACUAUGAUGAGCUGGUGGCUAAGUCUCUGCUCAACCUGGGCAAGAUUGCCGAGGACGCUGCAUACCGAGCCAUGACGGAGUCUGAGAUGAACAGCAACUCCUCCCACAGUGCUGCAGAGGAAGAAGAGGAGGAGGAAGAUGAGGAAGAGGAAGAAGAGGAUGAUGAGGAAGAUGAGGAAGAAGAUGAGGAGGAGGAGUGUGACAGUGGCUCUAAGAAGGGUGAGCUGAGCCUUGAUGUAGAUAGUGAUGUAGUAAAGGAGACUGUGGACUCUCUGAAACUCCUUGCCCAGGGUCAUGGAGCUGUGCUCUCUGACAACCUUGAAGAAAGGGCGUAUCAGGAAGAUGGAGUGAAAAAUGAGGACUGCAGCAGCAUGAAUGGCUUUGCUGGUUAUGGGUGUAAUGGUAAUGGUAGCAGUUGUGCACAAAACAAGGCCACUAGCAAUGGACAGAUGGUUGAGGAAAGCGAUGAGGAGGUGUGCUUGAGCAGUCUGGAGUGUCUGCGCAAUCAGUGCUUCGACUUGGCGCGCAAAUUAAGUGAAACAAAGCCGGCAGAGCACCUCAGCCACAUUCAGGAGGGGCACCAGGACACUCUGUUGCACCAGGACAUGUAUGGAGAAUGCCAUCAGCAGCAGCACUCAGAGGAACGCCGCAUCCUGGAGCGCAACUAUUCGGACAUGGUCAACCUCAUGAAGCUGGAAGAGCAGCUCAGUCCACGCUCCAAAGCUCUGUCCAGCUGUGCCAGGGAGUAUGAUACUUACAGAGAUGAGGACACCACGUCAAUCACCUCGGACCGCUCGGACGACGGCUUCGACAUGACCAAGGGUAACCUGUCGCUGUUGGAGAAGGCCAUAGCACUUGAGUCUGAGCGGGCCAAGGCUAUGAGGGACAAGAUGGCCUCAGAGGCAGCCCGGAGAGACAGAUUGCAAUUGCACGAAGAGAACCAUGGCCUGAGACUCAGUUGUGCAGAAGAGCGUAAAGCCAGACUGCAUCAUGAUGGUCUAAAGAAGCCCUACUAUCAUAAAGAUUCCUCAAGGUCGGAGAAGAAAGAAAGUCGAUGCCCAACGCCGGGCUGCGAUGGCACAGGUCAUGUGACUGGAUUGUAUCCUCACCACCGAAGCCUGUCUGGUUGCCCACAUAAAGACAGAGUUCCUCCAGAAAUUCUUGCAAUGUAUGAAAAUGUUCUUAAGUGUCCUACACCUGGCUGCACAGGCCGUGGCCAUGUCAAUAGCAACAGGAACUCACAUCGAAGUCUCUCAGGAUGCCCAAUAGCAGCUGCUGAGAAACUGGCCAAAGCUCAUGAGAAACAUCAAGCCUGUAAUGGAACUAAGUCCAGCCAGGGAUCGGACCGUGUUCUGAGACCUAUGUGCUUUGUAAAGCAGCUGGAGAUCCCACAGUAUGGCUAUAAGAACAAUGUCCCCACAACCACCCCACGCUCCAACCUGGCCAAAGAGCUGGAGAAAUACUCCAAGACCAGCUUCGACUACAACGGCUACGACAACCAAAAUGUGUACGGCAAACGUGUCAUCGCUCCUAAAGUACAGGGCCGUGACACUUCACCCAAAGGAUACGAUGCUAAGCGAUACUGUAAGAACUCCAGCUCGGCGAGCAGCACCACCAGUAGUUAUGCUCCCAGUAGUAGCAGCAGCCUGAGCUGUGGAGGAGCUGCAGGAGCAGGAGGAGGAGGAGGAGGAGGAAGCAGCGCUAGCAGUACCUGCAGCAAAAGCAGCUUUGACUACACGCAUGAUAUGGAAGCCGCCCACAUGGCCGCUACAGCCAUCCUCAACCUGUCCACACGAUGCAGAGAGAUGCCUCAGAGCCUGAGCAGCAAGCCACAGGAGCUCUGUACACAGUCAGAUGAUCUAGAUCCCUUCCAGGACAUUUUAGAGGACACUUCAUAUGCCACAGACGUCGCCAUCCCGAGCCCCAAGCCAAAAUUCGCCCCUUGCAAAGAGAGCAAGAAGGACCUGAUAACUCUUUCAGGUUGUCCUUUAGCUGAUAAAAGCAUUCGGAGUAUGAUGGCAACCAAUUCACAAGAACUCAAGUGCCCGACUCCGGGCUGCGAUGGCUCGGGACAUAUCACUGGAAAUUACGCCUCCCACAGAAGUUUGUCAGGAUGUCCUCGGGCUCGUAAGAGUGGAAUAAAGAUUACUCACAGCAAAGAGGACAAGGAGGACCAAGAACCAAUCAGGUGUCCUGUUCCUGGUUGUGAUGGACAGGGUCACGUGACAGGGAAAUACGCAUCACACCGCAGUGCGUCAGGUUGCCCACUGGCUGCCAAGCGGCAGAAGGACUGCUACAUGAACGGCACACAAUUCACAUGGAAGGCUGGGAAGACAGACGGCAUGUCCUGUCCCACUCCAGGCUGUGACGGCUCAGGUCAUGUCAGUGGCAGUUUUUUAACCCAUCGAAGUCUGUCGGGUUGUCCACGUGCUUCAUCAGCUAUGAAGAAGGCCAGACUAUCAGGAGUGGAGAUGCUUACAAUAAAACGGCCAAGCAAUGGUUUACACAGUGAUGAGGACAUUAAACAGCUGGAUGAAGAAAUCAAAGAUUUAAAUGAAUCCAAUUCACAGGUGGAGGCAGAUAUGAUCAAACUUAGAACACAGAUUACAACCAUGGAGUCUAAUCUGAAGUCAAUAGAGGAAGAAAACAAGGUGAUUGAACAGCAAAAUGAAUCUCUCCUGCAUGAGCUGGCCAACCUCAGCCAGUCACUGAUUAACAGUUUAGCUAAUAUCCAGCUCCCUCAUAUGAAACCGCCGCUACACAAAGAGCCUCCGAUUAGAAAUAACAGCUGUUUACAGUUGCAUCAGCGAGAUCCAAUAAACGAACAGAACUUUGACGCGUACGUGACGACUCUGACAGAUAUGUACACAAAUCAAGAGCAGUACCAGAGUCCAGAGAACAAAGCGCUACUGGAGAAUAUAAAACAAGCAGUACAAGGAAUCCAAGUCUAGCCACUCAGCAAACCUCAGAGCAAGGGGAAAGAAGGGGACGAUUAGGAAACAGGAGACAUGGGUUUGAAAUUGCCUCAUGGUUUACUGCUGUAAUUUAGCAGACAGUGUUAAAUAUUCACAUAUGUUAUUUUUAAAAAAGAAAAAAAAAAAGGUAUUAUGCUUACAAUUCAUGUUUUUUUUUUUUUUUAUUUCUCUUUAUUUUUGGUCUUGCUUUGGAAAAUAUUUAAUGGCAAAAUAGUUUUUGAAAGCAUUUCACAUUUUGUACGUUUUCAUAUGAGCUCACAUAGUGUGAUGUAACAUUUCUAGCUGCUCAUGUAUGCACAUUUUAGUGUAUAUUUCUGAACAGUAAGGCAAACAAUAUUGGAUAUACAUUCUUUUUUAAUGCUUGCUGAUUAAAAAAAAAAAAAAAAGGGAUUUUUGUUUGAGAGCAUUAAACUGCAUCAAAGUAAUGGACAUACAAGGAUACGCUGAGUGUAUCUCUUUUAUACCAGUUUAUUUUACAGUAGAACAAUGUACCUAUUUAUUUAAAAAAAAAGGGGGUUAUUAGGUAUAUUGGGCUAAUAGUUAAUAAACUGGGAACUCAGUGUAUACCGACUUUUUAAACCAUUUUCUCCUUGGUGAAAUUUCUUUUUUAAUUUGGUGUGAAAAUCUACAGACUGCGUAUUAUUUUUAAGCUAUGCUCAAGGAGUUUUAUUACUGGCACCUGUACAUUGUGGGUCGAUGAAUACUCGAUGAAAACAAACAGCGGAAGGAACUCAACGUGAUAUAUGUAUGUAUGUAUGUAUGUAUGUAUGUAUGUAUGUAUGUAUGUCACAGUUCUAUUGUAAACAUCAUGACACGGAAACCUAACGGUGGAAUUCCCAGAAACUUGGCAAUGAACAUUAUCUGGUUUUGUGUUGGUAAAGAGCUUUUGUCAUUAAAUCUGCAUUAGUGGAAUGGCAGCAGAGGUUUGCCCCAGCAUCAGCGUUCAUUUAGCCUGAUCCGUAUAUCAGUAGCACGAGUCUCACAUCAUAUCAGCAAUAUACGACUUGACACCAUUUAUGGCGAUGAGCAGCAGUCUGUGGGGAGGAAAAAAUAUCAGUUGGGCUUUAUGCAAUUUCCUGUUUGUAGGCAUUCGUGGGGAAACAAACGAAACUUUUUACUAUAAUGUAAAUGAUUGAUUUUUUUAUAUAAAUCUUGUUAUACAAAAUUUUUCAACAGGGGGUAUAGUAUACUUGGACAUUAAAUUUAGGCAAGCAGUGAUUUGUGAGAUUCCAUUUCCUUUAUUUAUGACUUUGCACGGGGACACCUUUGUUUCCAUGUUCUGAUGGUUUUACAUAAACUAAAGCAGUACUUGGGAAAUGGAAAAAGAAGGGUUUUGUAGAAUAAAUAUAUAUAAAUAGAAUUUAUGGAAGCGGGACUAACAGGGUCAUUGUCCCCACUUAUGUGCCAGUAGACUAUUUGCACUUGUCCUAAAGAUAUAUAAUUACUAAAUACUGGUGGUGUGCAAUCUCCAGGUGCAAUCUCGGCACACAAUCGGAACACAUUAUGUCAAGGAUGUUCAAUUGUAUCAGACAGAGACUGCAGGGAAUCUGAAUAAAAAUGAGGACUGUAUCUUUACCAGUAAUAGUAUGACUUUUUGGUAUUUUAUUCUUUUUUUUUUUUUUUUUGUAUCACCUAUAAUCAUUACAAAUCCCCAGCUGCACUUUAUGUCUAUCACUGUACAAAAUCAUCUGAGAAGAUGUAAAAAAAAAAAAAAGAAGAAGAAGAAGAAAAACAACAAUAAUAAUAACAACAAUACGACGAGGAAAAUCUCAGUAUAAAGGGGCAGGAAGAUGGAGUCAGAUGUAGAGCUGCAGGAUGUUGCAGUUCUACUGUAUGUCUAGUUCCUCUCACAUUUUGUUAAGUAGCAACCACGUUAAUACUUUGCCUUUUGGGGAGCGAAUACGAAGGUGCUCGUCUUUCACCUGAUCUCCAUUGUUGUACAGCUCUGUCCUCUUUUAGGGACAUCAUCCUCCAUAACCCCAUACGCCUUUCAUCCCAGCAUUGUGUCUGCAGCUUUUUGCCAAUAUAGUAAUGCUUUCAAUAGAAUAAUAGCUAGUAUCAGUUUUUUUUAAUAAAUUAUUGUUAUCAGUACAAUGGAAAAAGGAUUUAAAGCACAAACACGCUGCUCAUCUACUGUUGCUACAUUGAUAUAAAAUAAUUUUAAAAAAUAUAUCUGUGACUAUUUACCUUGGGAAAAAAAACAAAAAAGGUGUCACAUAUUAGAAUGCUGAACUUUCAUAUGAAUUAUUGUGAAUUCAUCAGAGUUUAUUUAUUUUAAA